GAUACAUUCUCUAUACUCAAUCAUAAUGUGUGACCCUACUAGCCCCGUUAUCGACCACCUCCUCAACGCUCUGACGCUGGAGGAGAAAGUCUCUCUACUUGCCGGCCAGAAUAUGUGGGAGACUGCAGCUAUUGACCGACUUAACAUCCCGGCCUUACGAAUGACCGACGGACCCGCUGGAGCUCGCGGCAGCAAAUGGAAUUAUGGCUCGCCGACUACCUUUAUCCCCUGUGGCAUCUCCCUCGCCGCCACCUGGGACCUGGACAUGAUAGAAAGAAUCGGUACAGUCUUGGGCCAUGAGACUCAGCGCCAAGGUUGUAAAGUUCUACUCGCACCAACAAUGAACUUGUCUCGUUCGCCACUUGGAGGGCGUAAUUUUGAAGGCUACGGGGAAGAUCCUUUUUUAGUCGGUUCUAUUUCACGGGCGAUUAUCCGCGGGAUUCAAAGGAAUGGUGUGGGGGCCUGCAUGAAACAUUUUAUCUUGAAUGAUACAGAAACCCGUCGAUUCAAUGUGGACCAGAAGGUUGAUGAGCGCACUCUACGUGAGGUCUAUAUGAAACCAUUCGUCAUGGCGUUAGACGCCGACCCUUGGACAGCAAUGGUCAGCUAUCCCCUGAUCAACGGUCUUCAUGCCGAUGAAAAUCCUGCAAUCUUACCCCAGCUUCUACGCAAAGAGCUACAGUUCAAUCGUCUGGUGAUGAGUGACUGGGGUGGAUGCAAUAGUACAGUGGAAAGCCUUAUCGCUACCACUGACCUUGAGAUGCCUGGCCCUCCCGUCCGUCGGGGAGAACGACUAAUCAAGGCAAUCAAGGAUGGCCACAUUGAUGAAUUGCAGCAUGUCAAUCCUAGUGUAGUACGUGUGCUACAACUUCUGGAAAAGGCUCAUUUACUGCCUUCACUGCCCGAGAACAAGGAUUGUUCGACCUCCCUUCCAUCCACCGAGGAAAGUUCAAUGGACACACCGGCCUUACAGAAGAUCGCACGGGAAACCGCUCAAGGAGGCCUUGUCUUGCUCAAAAAUGAUGAUAUUCUUCCUCUUCAGCCGUCCAGCAUCAAGAAGGUUGCUAUAAUUGGUCCUAACGCCCGUCGACCAACAGCUGGCGGGUCAGGAAGUGCUGCUGUCAAUCCGCUCUAUAUUACGACUCCGGAGGAAUGCCUGAAAGAAGCGCUGGAAGCCACCAACCCCAAUAUUGAAGUCGGAUAUGAGCAAGGACUGCCCUUCACAAUUCGUCCACCUCUCUUAGGAGAUUCCGUUACGGUCGCAGGCAGCUCCCAGCAAGGAGUACAAGUCGACUUUUAUGCAGGGCAUGCAUUUGAGGGACCGGUAGAGUCUACGAGUAUAUGGCCCAACUCUCUCGUUUACAUGAUGAGUGAUGGGGAUGUACCUCCAAGCUUAAAAGGCAAGCCCUACUGCUAUCGCGUCACGGGUAAUAUUGUUGUCCAUACAGCCGGCCAAUACACACUUAGUGUAGGCAAUACUGGAAAAGCCAAGGUUUUUAUCGACGAUGAGCUCGUGAUCGACAAUACGGAGUGGACAAAAGUUGCCCCCAGCAAUGGAUUCCUUGGAUGCUCUAGCCCGGACGCAAUAGUUGAAUUGACAUUGGCAUCUAACCGCCCAUACGCGUUGCGCGUGGAUAAUGUUGCUACUCUUCCACCGCUUGAAAAGUGUGAUAAUACACUUUUCCCAAAUGUGUCAGGUUUGCGCUUGGGUCUUGCUCUCCAUGAGGAUGAACAGGCCAUGUUUGACCGAGCAGUCCAAGCGGCAGGGGACUCUGACGUUGCUCUGCUCGUCAUCGGUCACAACAAGGAUUCCGAGGGCGAAGGAGGCGAUCGUAAGAGCCUCAAUCUACCAGGUCGCAUGGACGAGCUUGUGAAAGCUGUGUGUGCACGCAAUGCCAAUACCGUGGUCAUAAUUCAAGCUGCCAGCGCGGUAAGCAUGGACUGGGCUGAUGAUCCAGCUGCCAUUGUCCUAUCCUGGUAUCAGGGACAAGAGAACGGGAAUGCGCUCGCAGAUGUGCUUUUAGGUGCAUGUAACUUCUCAGGGAAGACACCAAUAACUUUUCCGCGUCGAUUGAUUGACCACGGAUCCUCCGAGUGGCACCCCGCAGAGGCAGAACAAGACCGAUCUGUCAUUGGCGAGAAAGUUCUUGUUGGAUACCGGUCGUUCGAAGAGCAAGGGAUUGAGCCUUUAUGGCCAUUCGGCUUUGGACUCUCAUACACAUCGUUUGUGCUUUCGAAUAUCCGACUUGAGAAUUCUAUCAUCAAAGCUUCGGCCGAUUCCAAGCUCACUGUCUGUGCUAGUGUGACAAACAUAGGCAUACUGGAUGGUCACGAGGUACUGCAAAUAUAUCUCUCGCCAUCGAGUAUAAUACGCUCUAUGGGGUUAGUCAGUUACCCAAAGACAUUAGCAGGCUUCAGCAAAGUUUGGGUUCAGGCCGGAGAGACCCGCGACGUGGAGAUCGAGGUUCAAGGUGAUGAGCUGCGUUGGUAUGAUGAGGAAACGAGCCAGUGGCGGAUUGAUCCAGGGGGUUACACCUGUUACGUGGGUACCAGCGUUACUGAUAUUGAUGCUCAACUUUCGUUUGAAAUGCAGUAAUUAGCGAUUGAUCUUGAAUAGUAUCAGUAUCGGCUGAGAAGUGGUUGUACGCACCUGGACAGGAGUUAUGAUGCUUGGACCACGGUGAGGC